AUGGUUGAUGAACCCCCGCUACUCUUGGUAAAGCUGGCACUACCUCCCAAACUUCAGGGUCUUCACCACGUGCUCCAGGUUAUCAGCGGCUUUGUUAUCCCCAACACCAUCGAUGGUGCCGUGUACAACAACCUUCAGCGCAUUAUCCGAGCUGGCUCCAUUUCAACAGAAGCGAAGGCUGCUCGACAGCAGCUUUCGUCGGAGCAGCCUCCAAUGGCAAUCACAACACGCUCAAAUGGCUACAUAAGUAUUAUCCAUCGCAGUGCAAUCCCGAUAGAGAACUUGCUGCUGCAGCUGGAUACAAUCAAGGUCGAGUGA